GCUUCCGUUCGGCCCCAUUUGGUUUUACUAGGGGAGCUGAAAAUAAGAAGGCCAUCUCAGGGCCCAGUUUUACCUCUCUCUCUCUCUCUCUCUCUCUCUCUCUCUCUCUCUGUGCAUCUCCAAUUAGGGCUCAGGCGCAACCGAGUUGACUCCGCCAUUCUUCAUAGCAGAGGUAUGCCAUACACGAGGAGAAUAAGGUCUGCCUCUCCGCCAGAGAAUGCUUCACCAGUCAGAGGCCGUCGGUCUCGGUCAAGAUCCCCCUCGAGAUCUAGGCGGAGUCGCUCGAGGAGCCAAGAUUCUGAAGGUGCUGCCAAUCCUGGGAAUAAUUUGUAUGUGACAGGGUUGUCAACAAGGAUUACCCAGCACGAUCUUGAGAAGUAUUUCAGCAAGGAAGGGAAGGUUCUCGAAUGCCAACUGGUCAUAGAUCCUCGGACCAGAGAAUCUCGUGGGUUUGGUUUUGUGACGAUGGCAUCGGCUGAUGAUGCAGAGCGUUGUCUAAAGUAUUUGAACCGCUCAGUUCUUGAAGGUCGACUUAUCACAGUCGAAAAGGCAAAAAGAAAGCGUGGAAGGACACCGACUCCUGGCAAGUACCUGGGAGGCAGAGAUAGGCGAGGAAAUGGUGGUAGAAGGUCCCGCAGUUAUUCCCCAAGGCAACGGCGUGACAGAGACCCAUACACAAGGGACCGAUCAAGAAGGUCCCACUCUCCUCGUGGCAGGAGGGAAGAUAAAGAUGCUAACUCUUACAGAAGGCACCGCGACCGCUCCCGAUCCCGAUCCCAAUCCCCUAGAGGCAACACAGGACGGCGAUAAUGAAGAGUUGUUCCUGUAACAAACUCGUCUCUUAAAGGCCUCUUUCCUGGCAAUCUGUAUCUCAAAAAAAAAAAAAAUUCCUCUCGUGAAUGCUUCUAUAGUUGCUUAUAUCCUGGAAAUAUAUAGGGGUGUUAUGACCCUUCGACAAUAUUAUGGGAGAUGAGAACAUGGUUUUGGAAGCAUGUGUUAUUCGAAGAACCUGGUUUUGUACACAAUGUCUUUUAAGAUACUGGCCCGUAAUCCUAUUGUGACCUCUUUGUAUUUGGGCAUGUAGUUGACAUCUUAUUGUAUAUUGGAAAGUAAAGUCAAGUUUGGUAUCAAUAUGAAAGAGACAGGAAUUUAA